AUGGCAAAGAAGAAGAGAAAGGGAGGCCCUAACCUCAUGGCUGAAGCUCUUAGAUCACAGUCAACUGGCUCAGAUCUGAACUUAAAAGGCAAAAUGAGUAGUCGACGCGGAAACUACUCUGGCGGUUCAUCGUCCAAGACAACCGAGUCAGUCAUCAUGCCGUACAAUGCGGCUGCUUCCAUGAAACGCCUUCAGCAGAAGGGAUUUCAUAAAAAGGUUUGCAACGCUUCUGUCCAGAGCGAAAUCGCCCAGUGGUACGCGACCCGGGACGAGAGCGACAAGUAUCGCAAGGGAGACCUCCCUUCUUUUGGGUGGUAUGCCGACGCCAAUGAACUCGUCAAGACUGUGGAUGUGGCCGUCCUUCAACAGCAUCAGAUCCAGUACCCUAUUCGAGGAGUGUUUGCUGGUUUGCAUAUCUUCGGGCAGAUCCUGGCCGAGAACUUGGCUUUCGCCGGCAUUUCCAAUCUGGUUAAUCUUGCCAAAGCCUACCCCGAAGGAUGGGGGGGCCUGUCACAAGGCAUGGCUGUCUUUGACGUUUCCAUUCGCGCCUUUCGCGGACUCCCCUCGGGAUACGUAUUCGUGGCUGUGACACCCAAAGUGUCAUACGGAGAGUUCAUGCGGAACCCCGACUUCAAACAGGGCCAGGAGCGUAUCGCCAUGCGCAAUGCCGUCAAUACCAUCACCGAUAUUCAUCGUGAAUGUGGAACAUCGAUACCAUUUUGGGCAAAGGUCCCAGGAGCACAAGUUCAGGAGCUGGAACUCCUUGAAGCGGCAGAUCUCGCAGAGAUGAAUGAAGAAGAGCGAAAGGAAUACAUUCGCGCCUUGCGGCGAGAGGCGUCCAAUCUGUGGCACCCGAGAAUUCAUGGGAAAAAGCUGGUCGAGAUGGUCAAGUCUCUUCCACACGUCCAAGAUUUCGCGGAACGGGUUGCUGCACUGUCCGAACCAGCCCCAUCGCAAGAGUAUUGCAUGUCUAGACAGGUUGGCUUGUCCACUACUUUCACCACUCUCAUUGGCAUCUACAACAGGCGCCACACGAUUCGUGUUUUGCAUUUUCAUGCCACACCCAUGUUGGACCGUCGUUUGGUGGCUAUCGUCGCUCGAGCGUGCCCCAACCUCAAGAUGCUGGGUAUCUACGAUUGCCCCGAUAUUCAUCUUGGUGAUAUCAUCUGCUUGUUGGACUUGAUCCAUGAGAUCAACAGCAGCCGUUCUUGCGACCAACCUCGCAUCCAAGCUCUGGACUUCUACCCACGCUACAACACUGGCUCCCUACUCGGGCAGGCCAAGCCUGGUGACGACGCCAACGCGUACGGGCUGUCUUCGAAGAAACUCCGGAGCGAUGCUCAGCAACGUGGACUAUUUGGCAUCCUCCUGCAAGUCGUCCUCAAGUCCAAGAGGAUGAACCUUCAGCUCCUCAUGGACCGGAACGCCGCUUUUAUGACCUAUCUAUCGAAGCUGCCCUUUCUCCCUCUCCAGAUCUUCAGCUUCCUUGAUGGUCUGUACCGGUACUUGGAUCUGAUGGCUACUCGUUCGACAGACAAGAACGCCAUCAAACAAGCACUCUAUGACAUCCUCAAGCCUGUCAGGAUGGGGUUGGAGUCACUGGACAAUGAUUGGCAUAAUUUCUAUCUCCAUGAGAUGGGCCAGACCAUGAUGUUCUGCUCUUCCUGUGGAUACGAGUAUCUCGAAGACUUUUUCGCUCAGACAGCACGAACGGCUCGACCGCAUACCAGAUUGUGUGCUGCCUGCACCCUACGUCUGUGGUUGGACGAGGAAUGCGAUAGUGGAAAGCGUGACGGCAAGGAAGUCUGGGAACCGUUCUUCCCCAAGUGGCACCGUUCGGAGUUCAAUGCAGAUGCUCCGCUGCACCAACAUGGUGAGAGUCUAAUCAAACUCAAGUCGACAGAAGCAGUGCGGCCACUUCCGCCGGCCACUCAGUUUGGCCCGAACGGCAACGUGACCGGACCACGUUAUGUUGAACCUCUGGUGAGAGACAACAAAAUCCACAACGACUCGCUGCAGAAUCUCCCAAACCUCCUCAGCAUGUUCGACCCAGAACUGCUCCAGGAAGCACAGCAUCGCGCUCUUGUCAUUGAUGCCCGCAAAACGGCCGAUGUCCUUCUGAGGGACUUCUACCCCCGCGCUAAGAAUGAUAUCAAGGCCUACAAAGACGGAACCUCAGACUUGGAAGGUCAGGGCCUAGCCCGCGAGCGCCAGGACAUGUGCCUCGUAAGCCACAGCUUCGACACAGCUGCUGUGUUCUUCGAAAGUUUGCAGAACAAGACCUUCCAAGAACUCAAGGCAUAUCGAAACUCGAACCAAUGGAACCCCACCGGCUUUUGGUAA